GUGAAUCUGUGUGUUGGCGGCGGCAAAUACGACUCUUUAAGUGACUGUGUUAGCAGCAUUUGAGGCAUACUGGGAGUUAACAAUGGGUUAACAUGACGAUGGAAAACUUUCUGUCGUUAAGUUUCUUUUAUUUGGUCGUGAUUCAGAUACUUCCGCACACAGAGGAAGCUAUAAGUUUCACGAAAGAACCAGACAACCCAAGUUACAUCAAGAAGGGAAACAAUGCCACCCUUGUAUGGGACUACAGUGUUACUGAUAGACAGACAGAGCUCAAGGGUAUCAUCUGGGCAGUGUACUUCAAUAAUCGGUUUACAAAUUUGGUGGUAGAGUACAAGAAUGGUGACAGAGCAAUUUUGUCUGGGAUACCAUCAGCUUACAUUGGACGAGUAGGCAUUGAAGGAAGAGCUACUCUGGUAAUUGGAAAUGUCACCUUUCAAGAUAGUACAUCCUUCCGGUGCACUCUUAGAGCCGAACGAGCUGCAGGUCUUCAGGAUCAGGUUAGCGGCAUCAAGCUUAUUGUGACAGAUGCACCACAGAUUAUAAUAUCCCAAGUACAAUCAAGUUACAAUGAGGGAUCAGCAGUCAAUGUAAUCUGUACAGCAUCAGGGACACCACACCCAGAUGUACAAUGGCUCAGAAAUGGAAAAGGGAUAACUUCAGGGACAAAAGCAGCGUCCUUGAUGUUCAGUAGUAUAAACAGAACAGACGAUGGACAGUAUACUUGUAAAGCCACCAACUCAGCAGGAAGUGAUGAAAAUCAAGCAACACUGGUGGUUUACUGUAAGUAACGAUACCUUUUUAGUGCAGAGGACACUUUUGGGAUGGUUAAGGGGGCUGGCAUCCGUGAUAAGGGUUAAGACACUAUGGCAUUAACUUGAAUAGCAAAGCUAUUUUCAAAUUGUUGAUAUGAAGGGGAAGGGGCAAAAAUUCACUCCUUUGCUCCUUUGCUCCUUUUCUCAUUCUUUCCUUUGCUUCUUGUUAACUUUUUUGUGAUCCCGCUGACAUUUAUAAGGCU